AUGCCUGUCAAAUCUGCGUAUGAAGGACUCAAGCGCUUCUUGAAGGGCGAAAAGGAGGAAGUUGACAUUGCGAAAAUUCGACUGGCGAGAAAGCCGACGUGGCCCACUCCCCCUCCAUCUCCCCGUUUGCCCCCUCCUCCCCAACCUGUCGUGGUUGAUGCUCCUUGCCACGACGGAAGACCUUGUUUUGCAGUAUGGGCCUACACUGACAAAGACGCGAGGUCGCCCGCAGGACCCGAUCUUUCAAACAUACCUCUUUGGGUCAUCCGAGUUUAUCACACCUUGCCCGAAGCCGUGUACGCUUACCACGUCCGAGACACGGCCGAGAAGAUCUACACACUUGCGCACACGAGAUUCGACGCCUUGGACAAAGCGUACCUUGAGCACCCCAAGUACCGGUACCGCAUUGAAGUCAUCGGGCUGCCCCUUCCAGAGGACACCAGCGAUAGCGAGCGCAUCGAGCGGUGCAUGGAACACCACCGCGCAGAGGUUGCAGCGCGCCGGACCACAGGCAGUGUGUUCUUUAUCCAGACAGCCGUCCAAGGUGACUACAAGCAUAGGAUCGCGAUUCGCCGACUGGACGACGAUAGACUGGGUGAGAUCUACAACGGCGGUAACUUUUUGGAUGUGUCCUUCGAUCCAAAAGCAAUGGUAAGACCUAGUGAUCCCGAGAUGUCCCAAUAUAGCUCGUCGCGGUUCGCAACUGCCAAUGUAGGGAGGGUGUUUGGAACUUUUAGGCAGUCGAUCCGUUGGUUUUAUGAUCGAUACGUGGACAACGGCACAAUCUACCGUGACAUGGAGACAUGGAAGUUGGAAGCAGCGAAGGGAAAAUGA